CUUCCGCAUUACCAAUACACCGGUCUACUUGUCAUGUUUACAAUUUUAUUUUAUCGUCCGUAUUUGUGUGUGCACUAUGUGUUUGUGUACGUGUAUGUGUAUAAAACUGUUAAUCCUGACGACCUUCAUGUGAAGUAACCAUCCUUGUACACACCUGAUGAUGACCUCUUACCAGGUCGAAACUAGUUGUGGAAUACAACAAUUGAAUUGCCAGAAUCAGGAUGCUUUGACAAGACAUAUAGAUUUUCCGACAGCCGCAAUAAUAAGAUUAACCUGACAACAUGUGGCUAAAGAUGGACAAAGAGCUUGUUUGUAUUCUUGGGCUGAGUUUAAGUUUCUUCUUCUUGUUUGCUGCCGACUUCACAAUGGUCAACAUGCAGAAAACAGUUACAUCAAGCAUAGCCAGUGAAAAAGCGGACUUCAGAAUAGAUGGGUACGUGAUGAUAGGAAUCACUUACACCGUGUUUGCUGCAACACUCUGGUUUGGCUCAUAUGUAACUCAUGCCCUUGGUCCAAAAAUCACAAUGGCAAUUGCUGCUGUAUUGUACCUUAUUUACAUCGCCUCUUACCUUUCUGAAUGCUCAUGGGUUAUCUACAUAGCCUCUGUGUCAGUGGGUUUAGGCGCUGGAAUACUCUGGCCUGCAGAGGGACAAUAUAUGAUUGGAAACUCUUCCAGCAAAAACACGGCAAGAAACGUUGGCAUUUUCUGGCUUAUCUACAGCAGUUCGAGCAUGAUGGGGAACACAUUUGUUUAUUUUACCUUCCAUGAUAAAAAGCACAUUGAUCAAGUGACAAGAAGAACUGCCAUUUCUAUUUUAACAGUUAUCAAUAUCAUAGCUAUUGUUGCAUUCUGCCUGUUGCCAAAGCCGUUGUAUGAACUCAAAUCGAAUGACUACGGUCCUUUCAAGACAAUGAAGCAGAGUUGGAAAAUAUUGACGUCCUCCAGAAUGAUAUGGCUUGUAAUUACUUUCUGUUACACAGGUUUACAACAGUCUUUCUGGAAUGGAAUCUACAGUCCAAGUAUUGGCUUUACUUUGGCCUUUGGAAAUUCAUCCAAAGAAUUGGUUGCGCUUAGUGGAAUCUUUAUGAGCAUUGGUGCUGUAUUGGGUGGACUGUGUCAGAUUCUGCUGUCGGAUAGAUUGGCUAAGUAUUCUUGGGCUCGGAGGAUGGUUGUGUUGUUUGGAGCUUUGGCUCAAGGAGUGACAUAUCUCAUAACCUUCCUCAACCUCCCAGACACAGCUGUGUUUGGUGACACGGAGGACGUCAGCAUCAUUAAACCUCCGAGUGCUGCUCUUGCCUUACUGGGCAGUUUCCUGAUCAACUUCGGAGAUGCUUGUAUAUCCACCCAGAUUUACACUUUUAUCGGAGACCAUUACAGAGACAACAUAGCUGAGUCCGUAGCUCUGUAUAAGUUUGUCAAGAGUGUAUUGGUAGCAGCAAGUUUCUACUGGUGCAGUCAUGUUGGUCUACACACUCAAGUCGCGGUGACUGCUACAGUCGCUGUGUUUGGAGUUCUGGCGUUCUUUGUGGCAGACAGAGAUGCUUCACAGCCGCUUGUUCAAUUGGAAGUGAAAAAUGUGUCAAAUAUGACUAAUGUCAAUUCUAGUCCUGAGGCAAUAAAUAAAAAAAUGUGA